UGGAAUUUCCCUUUCACGUGACCACUGACGUCAGGUAAUGGCGGUGGCAGUGAAACACAAACAUAUGCGCUGAACACGAUGGGUGACGCUGACAUCGAGCGCGCGGACAGUCUGGACGGAUGGGUCGCCGUUAAACCAGAUGCGUUUGACGAGAGCGAGACCCAUAAACUCAAAUUUAUAGUGGAGUGGAACGAGAUCGAGACCAAGUUUGCGGUGACGUGCCAUAACCGGACGCUGCAACGGCGCGGCGACGCGAGCGGCAGCUGUGCGGGUCUGUUUUCUGGCGCGCACCUGACACACGUGCACGCGCAGCUGAGCGCGGUCCGUGACGAACUCGAGCCGAUCUUCCCGGACCUGACAUGCUUCCGCGAGCCGAACCUGUGGGAACUUUUGUUCUCUAGCGGGCCCCGGAACGAUGCGGACGCGCCUUGUAGGCAGCUGGAGCGAUACUUCAGUGCCGCGGUGGACGCUUGCGGCCGUGGAAUCGUGCUGGACGCUCUCUUCAGCGUCAGUGACCGAGAAGAGGAGCAAUACUUCGAGGACAUGCGUGAGUUUAAACGCAACGCGAUGCGCGACCAGAUUCAACGCGCCAAAGACACGCUGCGCGCGCUCGUGCAGACUCACUCCAGUACUGAUGGACUCGUGCGGUUGAUGAAGAUCUAUGAGGAGGAAGAUGAAGCCUACAGAGAGUUAGUCAGUGUGGCCACACAGUUCUACCAGAACCUUCUUCAACCAUUCAGAGACAUGAGAGAACUUGCCACAUUCUACAGGACUGAGAUACAGAAGUGUCUACAGUAUGAGGAUCUAGGACCGAAGCGUGUGUGUGAAUUGGAGGCGGAGAUGAAUGAAUGGAAUCGGCGUGGAGAAACGGCUGUUCACUCUAUACAGGACGCCACUGCGGAUUACUUUAAAGACACAUCUAAAGCCCUGACAGGUAUGGUGAAACAGAUGGAGGAGGAUCGGAAGCGAUUUGGCCUCGCCUCUUGGGCAAUGGCCACACCCCGGCAAGAGAGACUCCGUUUCCUAUUAGCGAAAGAGACAUUGCAGUACAUGAGGGCCAAAGAGAUGUGCAUCAAACGCAAGAAAGGCGACAUACGAGAAAAGAUGCGUGGUAUUGCAGAGGGUGGAGCUGAGGGCAUGGCGGAGAGUGUGAGCACGGUCAGUGCGCUGGAGCUGCAGUAUUAUGAGAUGCAGCUGGAGCUGCACGACUGCAAGUUUGAGAUCCUGAAAAAUGAAGAACUGCUGCUGCAGACACAAAUCCAGACCAUACAACGACAACUAAGAGAGCUGCAGGAGCAGGUGGUGUAUUAUGACACUUGUGAGGACCCAGAGGAGCUGCAGGAUGUUCAGGUGAAUGCAAGCCCCGCCCAGAAACACCUACAGCAACACCUGAAACAACUGGAGCGCCAGAGAGGAGCAAUUUCCUCACGCAGAGCUCAACUGAGAAACCAACGGGAGAUGUGUGUUCAGGCACAUGAGCUGCAGCAGCGUUCAGUUGCACAACGUUCCGAGCAGCAACGCCAGCAUCACGCCUCACAGCUGAAGCGAGAGAAGAGGAGAGUUGACGAGGAGAAGAGGAAGCAGUGGGUGGACAGUGAAAGAGAGAAAACACUCAACAGACUGCGCUCAUUCAGAGAGAGACAUCAGGGUCAGUAUGUUUUAAAGACAGCUCAUGUGAGGCCAGUAUUGCAUGACCCCAGCAGCGAUGACUCCUCCCAGCCACUGUCAAUCAUCAGUCUGGAACCGCAGAGCUCCACCCCCUGCAGGAAGGGGCGGAGUCUGAAGCAACGUGACAUCCCAGUCCAGAUUCUGCUGCCUGCUGGAGGUGUAGCAGCAAAUCUUGAGCAGAAUAUUGCACCUCCACCUGUCCUGCCCCUUCCUUCUGCCCCACCCCCUCCUCCUCCUCCACCUCCUCCACCCCUCCCUCCUCAUACUCCACCAAUCAAUGAGAAACUGCCAAUCAAAAAGAGUCUGGAGCAGAAUGCAGGAUCAAUGGACGAACUUUUAGCGUCGCUACAGCGUGGACAGAAACAACUGCGAAAGGUCACAGUCUCCACAGACAGCAGUGAUGUCAGAGACAGUCUCAUGUCAGCCAUCCGUCUGGGCGUGACCCUGAAGAAAGUCACACCUCAUACUGGUCCUGCACACAACUCUGACUCUGAGCUGGAGCGAAGCAUCAAAGCCGCUAUGAUGAGGAUGAAGAAGGUCUCAAACGACUCUGAUGAUGAAGAGGGCUCAGACACGCCAGCCGGAGACUGGGACAGUUAAACACAAAUGACAGCCUUAAUCAUCUGUAAUCUGAGUGCUGCUGCUCAAAGACUAACAUUUAAGCCAAAGGCUGCAGGUUCCGUCAUCUUCAGUUCCUGGUGUAAGUCACUCAGGGUAUGAAGGAAAUGUUGUAAAUUGCCAAGAAAAGCUCAUAACACAGUUUAUAAAUGCUAUUUCCUGCACUGCGUUUCACAGGUUAGGUUUCUGAUUGUAGGUGAUUUCAGUCAUAUUUAAAGGAAGUAGCUUUGGGUUUUGGCACUGAAAUGUGCCAUAGGAGUAGGCUAUAUAAAGUUAUUAACUGUGCUGUAAAAUAGACAAAAAUUGCACUGAACGAUUUAAACUUUUGAAGCAUUAAUGCAAGUUAAAUUUUAUUUCUCCGAAAGUCUCAUUUCUUUUAAUUGUCAAAAAACUGUUUGAUUAAAACACUAAAGUGCCUGAUCACGAUAAGAUUGUGUUUCUGUGGAUAGUGAAUAUCAAAGUUUGUGACAUUUGUUUAAUGAGGAAAGUCUACAACAAAUCUAAAACACCCAGGAUGUUGUGUGUUCAUUUAAAUGGUUCAUGGUACAGCUUUUAAGUCCUUUUAAUAUUUAUGUAUUUAAGGGAUGAAAGCAGAACAAGCAACAGGACAAUAAAGAAUCUUCAAUUGUGUGAGUUCUAGUGCAGGUUUCUGCUGUUCCUCCGUUCACCAGUCAGAGAAUCACAGUGAGUGUGAAUUAUAAAAGGCUGAAUCGAAGGUGCAACAAAGAUCCUGAGCUUUACAGAACUCUGCAACCAUGUAGCUAUGGAAACGAGCUUUGCAGGGAUAGUGACAUCAUGACAAUCCACUGAAGAUGACGACACAUGCAGCGAAACAAUAUUCAUAUGAUACCGACACAAUCAAUAGCAGCAAUAUGUGGGAUGCAGGUUGCCAAGGCAACAUCCUCACCAAUCAGAGGGUGAGAGAGAGACACCCACCGCUUCACAGACAGUAAUAUCAAAUGCACAUAUUGCAAAGAACUUAAACUCGAUAGAUGACAGCACAACGGUUUCCUUCAUAAACUAUAUUUCAACAAUUAUUCAUUUUACAAUUUUGAUCAACAAAACAGGAAGGGAGGAAAGUGUCAAGUGUCUUUAAAAGUUUUCAGUAAGCCCCCAGGUGAGAGUGUUUACAGGAGCGUUAACAGAAAUACACACUCACCCAUGUUAAAUGCCUAUAAUCUUCUAUUGAACAUCGUGGCAGGUAUAUUAAAGAGAAAAAAAAAAUCUGGAGAGAAUCAAGAGGAAGAGUUUGGAAGCUCACGCACUCUGCUUCUGACUCGAAGGCUGAGAUUAUUAAAAAAAAAGCCACAUAUAAAUUAUCCCAUCACCCAACUGACAA